AUGAUGGCAGACUCAACGUCCAUCAAACAUACGAUCCUCCGCAAUGGCACGCCGAAGGAGGUUGCCAAAUACCUCAAGGGUAUUCGAGCCAACGCUGCCGAUCCGACAUCCGUCACACACAAUCUCCAUGAAGCGGUCGUCCGAGGUUCCAUCCCGCACAGCAUCUUCUCAAUCUGGAUCCCUAUAUCUGACGAUGCAAAAUCGAUCGUGGCAGCGCUCAAUCAAUCAGGGAGUACGUCCGGAAGACGUGCGGCUAUGAGGGCAUUUCUCAAGGCCAUGCGAUCAGAGGACACGAUGAUUCCCGUAUGGAAUGCGGCAGGCGGUGCUCAAGGUGUCGCAACAAUCAUGAGUAACCUCAGCGUCAAGGAGGUCAAGAUGCUAUGCAAUGGCCUCGCCAGGACAGCUUCCCUUCCCCACGGACGAUCGCAGCGACGAGCGAAAUUGACAGAGUUGAUCGCCAUCCUCGGCGCCGGAACCCCAGUUCCCAAAGAAAACCCAGAUGCGAGGCCGCUGUUAGCCCAUUACAGGAGAAUCCUGCCGGCCUGCACAACCGAUCGAGUAGCUGAGCAUGAAGGGACAUCGCCCAAAUGGACAACGAGGCAGCGUUCUAACUUGCUUCGCACCCACCCAACAUUCUAUGAGGCCAAAUUCCUGGACUCCAUCUUGUCGAAAGGAGAAUCUCCUACUGCCGAAUUCGAUGUCGACACGUGCACGCAGCUUAUCAACAAUAACUUUGCCUUCGCCAAGGAGAUGCUCCUCAAAUUUCUCGACGCCGGGGCUGAGCUCCCCAUUACGCCUGACGUAUUCAUCAAUCAGAUUGCUUUGCCCAUUGUGAAACGGUUGCGACGACGCAGAACAGCCGCUCAGCAGCAUCUUCCAUUCGAGAUUCUUGAGCUUCUCGUCCGCCUCAUCAACAGGCAUCCAGACCUCCAAAGGAUGUUGGACGAUAGCCUUGUCGGUGUCAUGUUCUAUGUCAUCAAAUUCUGGGAGCAUACCCGUUCGACGCGACCGCGCGUUGAGCAGCACUUGGUCGAGCUUUUGAAACUCACGCCUGAGACAAGGUGGCAAUCAGCAAAACAAAUCGUUCCGCAUCUACGUGCUGUCAACCCGGCCGUAUCCUACCGAUUAUUUCGGCUCAUGCUCCGGCAUCUACCUGCCUUCAAAUUCGAUGUCGACGAGGCUAUAGGCAACGAAGACAUCUCUCUCGAGAAGAUCAAGGGACCGUGGCCAGCGAGAUUUUUCGUGACAACGCUUGGGCGUGAUGACCGGCUUGCUUCUCUCCGCUUAGUCCAGCGCUUGAUGGCUGCUUUCCCUGACGGACGUUUCCUGGAGUAUUCAUACCCCAGAGGAAGUUCCAUCUUUGAGCAUGAGCAAGACUAUGAUUCAGUCCAAGGUGACGCGUUCGCACUCGAAGUCUUUCUUUUGCGAAGUUCGCCAGCUUCGAGCCCCCUCAACACAAGCUACGACAGCAAAGUAGACGCAGAUCUGGAGAGGCGCAGAAAAGAAGCAUCCUCAAGCCGUGAUUGGGAAAGUCGAGCCUUGUGGGCUCAGUCAGUACUCGACCUCUCCAUUGCGGCGGGCUCGUUGGAUCUCUACGCAGAGAACCUGCUUUGGGCGAGACGCUUCAACAAAGACGUGUUUACAGUGAGGGAUCUUUACGACGAGCGGUCCAUGAAGACUGCCGAGGGCUUAGACUUACUCAGCGGUAUUGAGAUAGCUUCUUUUGCCGGCCAGCCAGAUUUCGAUGCUGCCAAAUCCGUUCGGUCUGCGAACAAGAUUAUGAUGCAGCUGCUGGAAACCGCAUCGAUGGCCACCCGAGAACCCAGCUUCCAGGCUUAUGACUGGCAAACCGUCAUAAAAUUGCCUGCAGCAGUGAUUGAAAGACGUUUCCAGCUGGUCAAUGAGUUCCAAGAUGCUCGAAAGCUGACCGAUACCGAAAUCUCCGAGAUCGUGUGGCAGCCAACUGUGGACUUCUUGGUUGAAUUAGAGACUUUCUUGCUUCGUCCCAGCCAUCAAGAGCUCAACUCGCUCGGAUCACGUGGGCUGGGCUUCCCCAGAGACUGUCUCGGAGCCCGUGAAAAGCGAUCCCACACCUUCAAGUUCGCGGACGGACUCGCCAAGGCACGCGAUGAGUUGUGGCAGAAACACCGUCCUCAACGUUUCCCAUCGGUUCUCACGCUGGGCGAGCCAUGGCCAAAGGGAUUGCCGCUGCAAUCUCUUUUGCCUACCGGAUUCUUCGGCCUGAAGAAUAUUGAUGCCAUGCCUUACAUUCGAGAGCGGAUCGAGAAGGUUGUCUUCGGAGCUCCCGAGGUCUUGCUUAAAGAACCUCUGAGGGAUAAAGAAUCUCAGCAGGCGAUAGGUCGUUUUGUGGACGAAUACAGCUUUGCACUGAAAGCGUACAUCGAUGGAGGGGAAGAAAGCUGUCAGCAAGAAGAGCGCACUCGUAAAGCCUGGCGCCAUGCAGUCGACAGCCUCAGUGGAGUGAGAAUGACGAAAGCUGAAGCCCUACGAUUUUGGGAACAGCAAUUCAACUGCGCGGAUGUCCCAUUACCUGCAGACAUCAAAGCAGAGUUCCCGCGACGAGUCGAGAUCUCAAUUCCUGAAGUCGGAAAUCCAGAAACGCCAACAGAGUGGAAUCCGGAUUCUUGUCACACAAAAUUUGAAGAGCUCGGUAGCAAAAAGAUUCCCGUCACGAUCCUAGACGUGAUGAUGAGCUGCAAUGCCUUUGGCCUGGGUCGUGAUGCGGUGUGGGCGGCGCUCAGUUGGUCAGAUACAGUGCAAAUUCCACCAAAGGAGAUACCCAACUUCUGGGACGCGAGCCAAUUCUCACAGCCCCUUUCUGGUAAAGUCGUGGAUGCUUACUUCGCGUCUCUUCUUCUCUCUCUCAACACCAUCCAUGGCUCCGACAGCUCCGUUUUGAAGCACCCAUUUCCAUCGGAGGCCGAUUUCCGAUACCCAGCGCUCUACCUAGACGAGGACUUUCUUGAAACCAUCGACGAAGCCUUUUUCCAUGACAACCAGGCCCAGAUAGAGCAUAUCAUUAAGUCAGGCCCGCCAGCAUUGCUUGUACCGGCUGUGAACUCGAUCCUCCAGAACGUGGCUGCCAACGAGGACUCAGAAUCCCUAACGCAUGCUCGUUUUCAAGUGGCCAUGAAGCUUGUCAAAGUGCUAGCGGGCAGCGACCAGCCAUCUCUGGCUUUCCCCUUCAUCAGGGACAUUGUUCUCAACAGACCAAGCGAUAGCGCAUGGCAUCGGGAACUUCUCACCAAAGGAUUCUUCAACGCCAUCCCUCCAAAGCAGGCGAAAAAGCUUCUUUGUAUGAUAUCGAUUGGCAUACAGGAGAAGCUCGAGGAGCAGCAGUUCAGAUACGAAAAGGCUAAGAAGGAGGGCGGUGAGCUAGCUGCGCGGUCCCCACCCGUGGUCAAAGUUACGACGGUCAAGAUGCUGGCAAAGCUUCUGAGCAAUGCGCCGUUCCUGGACGUCACAUCAGCUGUUGAUAUCCUUUCCGGUCUUUUGUCCAAAGCCCAGCACAUCGACAUCCGAUUGGCCAUCAUUCAGACCAUGUUCGAUACCCUAGAGGCUGAGACAGCUUCGCCCGAUGUGAAGAACCGGAUUCUGAGUGUUAUUGAGGACCUCGCCGUGCCACUUGCAGCAUCUCUUGAUGAGCUUCAUCCAAUGACAGAGGAUGAUUGGACGCAAGCAGAAGCUGAUGAUACUCUAUCGGAAGUGGCCAAUGUGAAGGAUCGAUCUGCAGCUCCUAUACGGUCUCUGUUCUACAAUUUGGAGAUGAAGCUCUGCAACGACCCUGUAGCCAAAGCAAAGCUGGUCGGUAUCACGGAUCGAUUGAUAUUGCGUUCCGCAGAGAACAACAGACGGUGGUUAGAGUUAUUUCUCAAGAAGAAUGACUUCUCGUUGCCUUCUGGGGAGAGCCUCCCCCUCUCGCCAGUCGACCCCGCCAUGCUCAAGAUCUUCCAGAGAACUACGGUGUACUUCUCGCGACCCAUGCUUGGGAUGCUAAGCCGGUACGUUCUUGCCAACGUUCGACCCUCUCCCGGCAUGGCAGCCGUCACGAAGAAGAUCGAAAGCAAUGCCACCCUAGCCAACUCGAAUGCAGGAAGACACUGGUUGCAGCUCUUUAGCGGAAAUGAGGGAACGAUGGUUGUUAGCGAUUGGACCUACUGCCUGGAGCAGAUGCAUCUACCACAUAUGAGCAAAGAAGUCGCCAACCCGAAAGACCGCAUCACCGUUGCCAUGCUCCAACGUUUCGCAGAAGAUUUUGCAGACGGGCUUAUCAGCCAUGGAGACCCUUCUCACGUUGAGGCGCUUCUCGAGCACAAGUCUGAGGCGAUGAUGAGGGAGAAGAAUCCAGAGACGCUGAAGAGCUGGCAAUUGACAACGCAGCCGGUGCUACGAUCGGUCAUCGCGAGAGUCGAGGAGUUACGCACUCCUUCAUGGCAGCAUGACCCGAUGCGAGAGCCCAAGGCUCUACCAAACCCAUUCCGCCUAAGAGUGGCAAUGCUGGCUGUCCCUCCCGGAGGUGCUGACAUGGAUGCUUUGUUUGCCAAAGAGAUCUCGGCAUUGAUUGACGAGUUGGCAAAUGGACAUGCCAUGUACCACAACAACUGGAUACAUCUGAAGCACCAGCUGGCACGUAACUAUUCCGUCUGGACACCACGUCUUGUUUACAUUGCUACCAUUCUGGGCGAUCUCUCAAACGUCAACGUCGAAAGUCCCACGCUGGCAGAUUACUUGCGAGUCGAAACGGCCAGGGACCUCAUAAAGCAGGCUGACUAUCCCAAGGUCAGAAAUGAUAUCAACAAGUUGAAGGAGAUUCUGCGCACCUGGAAAGAGUCCCCUGUCGAAAAGUUCAGAAGUGACCAGAGAGAUAUUGCCAGACUACCGCUCUUCAACCAGUAG